UCGAAGAUGGUGUUGGUGUGUACGUGAUUCGUUUUGUUCUGUACUUUUAUACAUUUAUGACUAUCUUACUUAUUAAAGAAUAAGAUGAAAUUCAGCUUACUCGACUUUUGUGAUAGCUUGUUUUGUGGAUCCACCUAAAUAUACUUACCAGGAAGUGGAUGUUAACAGCGUAAUUUCUGGGCCAAGAUUACCACGCCCAAUAUGCAGGGUGAUGAUCCCCCUUUCUUGACGGUCGGGACGGAUGUCAGCGCCAAAUAUAAGGGUGCCUUUUGUGAAGCUAAAAUCAAGAAAGUUGUGCGUAACAUAAAAUGCAAGGUGACAUUAAAAGGUGGUGGUGCGGUCACAGUGAAUGAUGAUGUGAUCAAAGGUACCCUGCGUGUUGGCAGCACUGUUGAAGUGAAGCAAGAUCCCAAAAAGGAUGCAACAGAAGCUGUUAUAACAAAAAUACAAGACUGCAGUCAGUAUACUGUGGUGUUUGAUGAUGGUGACAUAACAACAUUACGUCGGUCGGCGCUGUGCCUCAAAAGUGGGAGACAUUUUAAUGAAAGUGAGACAUUAGAUCAACUGCCACUCACACAUCCAGAGCACUUCUCUACACCUGUGAUAGCUGGCAGGCGAGGGAGAAGAGGGAGAGCUCAAUCUGAUGAGAGUGAGGGAGAGGGCGUGGCGCGGCGCGUGAAGGCGGACAGCGAGCCGCACGUGGGGCGCGUCGUGUUCGUGGACAUCACGAGCGGCACGGAGCGCCGCCGCCCGCACCAGCCCGCCUUCCCCGCGCUCGUGGUUGCGCCCACCGCGCAGAUCAAAGUUAAAGAGGACUACCAAGUGCGCUCCUUCAAAGAUGGACGAUAUUACACAGUGCCAAAGAAGGAGACGCGCGAGUUCCGGCGCGGCAGUGCGCCGUCGGAGUGGGGCGGCGUGCAGGCCGCGCUGCAGUACCUGGACCACGGCGUGCUGCCGCCGCACUGGGACCGCGACACGCUCUUCAACGAACCAAGGAACACAUCGGAUGAUAGUUCGGAUGACGAGCCGCGGGAGGAGAAGGACCACUUCGUGGCUCAGCUUUACAAGUUUAUGGACGACCGUGGCACACCGCUAAAUAGAAAUCCCACCAUCGCUAACCGGGAUAUCGAUUUAUAUAGACUUUUCCGUGUUGUCCAAAAAGUGGGCGGCUACAAUCGUGUUACGAAUCAAAAUCAAUGGAAGGCGAUUGCAGACAAGAUGGGCUUCCACCCAGUUACCACGAGUAUCACUAAUCUUUGUAAGCAAGCAUAUAAGAAGUUCCUGCACAGCUUCGAAGACUUCUACCGCAAGCUGGGGGUGACGCUGGUGGCGCACCCCCGCGGCGCGCGCACCCCGCCCGCAGGACGCUCGCUCAUACGAGACCGCGACAAGCAGCUGCUGGCCUCGCCCGCCACGCCCACGCCCACCACGCCCACACCCACGCCCACGCGCGGCAAAGAUAAAGAUUCGGACAAAAGCGAGACGGAGAAAAGUGACAAAAGUGAGAAGGAUGAGAAGAUUGAGAAAAUGGAGAAGAUGGAGAAGAUGAAAGAGAACAUCCAGGCCAGCGAUGAAGACGACAGCGCUGACAAUCAGCCGCUAGUUAUUCCCGCGCCCAAAAUCGACAAAGAGAAGGAGAAAGAAAAGGAAAAGGAGAAAGAGAAGGAAAAAGAGAAAGAGAAGGAAAAAGAAAAGGAGAAAGAAAAAGAGAAGGAUAAAGAUAAAGUGUCGACACGGACUAGCGAAGAGAAGACAGUGAUCAAGCCGCGCUCGCAGUCCAAUACGCGUAGCUCCUCGGUCGCUAAGAUUGAAUUACACGAGAAGAGAACACCUAAAAGGAGACCUUUUCAUCCUAAAAUGUCGGAGGGGCCGAGCGCGGGCACGCAGCGCGCCUCGCGCCGCCCGCACGCCUCCACUGACAGCGACAGCUCCGGCCGCGCCUCCAGUCGAUGUGGGCCUACAAAGAAGAUGCAAAGUCGUCGCAGUCAGAGCGCGAACUCCGCCAGCAGUGGUAACACUAUCGCCUCCAACAGCAGCAAGAGACCGCGCAAGAGGAAGACCACCGAGCCGUCAAUGAGUGAAUGCACGCGGUCAGGCGGUGUCGGCGUGAAGGCGCAAGUUGGUGACAAGCUGAAAGUCUACUACGGCCCUACGCAAUCUGAAUCAAAGGUGACGUACGAGGCGAAGGUGAUCGAGGUGUCGUGCGAGGGCCUGCUGCGGGUGCACUACACGGGCUGGAACACGCGCUACGACGAGUGGAUCAAACCGCAGCGGAUUGCACUCAAUCUCACACAACAUGACGCACGCAAUAAGAAGAAUACCAGCUUAAGCCGCCGUUCCAGGACUAAAAGAACUGAAGAAACUUCAUUUACAGAAUCAUCUGCCCGCUCUGAUUCUGACACAGAUUCCGACAGCGAUGAUGAUAUUAAACGAGCCUGUAAAAAACCUGAUGACAAGCCUAGUCUUAAAACGCCACCUAGAACUAAAGAUGCCAAGUCGAGUGACAGCAGUGGCUCAAGCAAACCUCGUAAAAGACCCGUGAGAACAAUAUCUACUCCAACAAUGGUCUCACCGGCGAAAAAACCUCGCAUUAACGUCGCUAAUCAUCAGCACCAAGGCAGAGAUUACGACCUCAAUGAAAUACGAUCAGAGCUAAAAGGACUGCAUACUGUUAAACAGGAGCCGGAGGAUACCAAACCUGAAAAAGAUAAAACUCCAAGCCCCGUAACACAAAUAACAGUACAACCGCCUGAACCACCACAACCUGAAAAACAACCAGAAGAUGUGUACGAAUUCAAAGAACCGGAACCAUUCGAAAUAGAACUCCACGAUGAGAAAAAGAAACGAAUGCAUCGUAUUUUCGAUGAUAUUUCACCGAGCAAAUAUACAUCGACUUUAUCAAAGUCUUUAAGCGAGGAAAUAUCUGAGGACUCAUUGAGACCUCGACCUUCCACUCUAAGGUCUCCAUCUCUAUCGCCAUUCAGAGAAUUCGGCGCAACCAGAGACGAACCGAGUAGACGGAGUCCCGAAGAAGACUCGAAAGAUGGUCUUUUCUCGAUUGACGAUGACUCGUUACCAGGCGAAAGUAGCUUGGGACCGAUCUUCGAAGGAUUCACUCCGGCCAAGAACCAGGAAACUUAUUCUAAAAAGAAUAAAGUCAACAAAUUACGUGAAUUGAUCGACGAUUCACCCGAUAGCCCGGCUGAUGAUGAGCAGUCGUCUGAGGAUGAACCCGAAGAAAUGAAAGAAGAGAGUGAACCGAGUUCAGAACCACCGCUGCUAGAGAUAGUUGAGGUUCCGGAGCCAAUCAAAGAAGAAAUUCAUGACCUCGAUACGGUUAAGGAAGUUGUAAUCAUUCUACAAGAAAAUGAACAACAAAUAAAUUUUAUACCACAGCCUCCAGGGACACCGCCGCCUCAAAGUAAGUUACAAGCGCUAGAUGUGAGCAAUAGUGUUGCUUCAAAAACCUCAGUAGCCACUUCUUCAACUGAAUCGCCUGAGGAACCAAAACAUACAUCAUCAAUAGAUAAAGAAGAACAACUUAAGCUGCUAUCGAUUCCCUUGCCCGCUACAGAACCUAAAGACAAAGGAAAUUUGAAAUUAAAGAUCGAAAAAUUAGAUCCGGAACCAAUUGUAUCAAAGUUAGAACCACCAUCAAGUCCCCUUAUUGAUACAGAAGAAGAUAAAUCUGAACCGGACAGUCCGGCGCGUAUCGACGUGCUCCCGGAGCCGCCUCCCGGCUUCCUGCUACAAUCCGAAGGUCCCAAGAUCGCUGAGAAACUACUAAAAGCUAUAAACAGUGCUAAACGACUGUCGAUGUCUCCACCGCCGGUUAAUACUAUCGACCGACCGUUAACACCGAUCAAAGAUAUUCCAUUGCCAAAAGAAGACAAACUGUCCGCUAUAUCUCCAGAAAUCAAACCGCUCAUUAAAUCUGAACCAUUGAAACCAUUGACUAAAAUAGAGCCGAUAAAAAAAAUCAGUCCGUUACCGUUAUCCGACUCGAUAUUCGGAGAGCCUUCUAACUUUACCGAUUUGAAACGUGAUUUAUCGGAUAUUAAGAAGAUUAAGAGUAAGGAGCCUACACCGCCACGUUUGCAGAGUCCUUUGAACAUAUUAGAGCGUCGCAAGAGCGUGGCCGAGCUGCCUCUAAGCGCGCCCGGCAAGAACAACAAGGUGCUCAGCGAUACCAUACAGAAGCUGUCCAGCCAGAUAAACCAAUCGGCGGCCAGCAUCCCCCUGCCGCCCUUCCCGCCCGCAGACAGGAGCGAUACCAGCGAUUCAGAUGACUCCGAUAGAAGGUUGAUAAUAGACAAGGUGUCUAUGGAGGAGUGGGGUAGCGGCGGCAGCGGGGGUAGCGGGGGCAGCCUGGAGGGGCGCGGCGCGCGCGCGCUGCACGCCGGCAAGUCGCCCGGCGAGUGGAGCGCCGGAGAAUCGCUUCUAAUGCUAGAAGACGCCUGCAAGAAUGAACGGAAACAUAGUGCAAGCGUGGUGGUUGCGGGCAGUGGACGAGCCGGCACCAGCGGUAUGGGCGCGGGGGGAAGUGUAUCCGGUGGCGUGGUCGGCGUGUGCGGGGGCGUGGCGGGGGGCGCGGAGGACGACAGCAACAUAUCACUGCUGCUGUGUGAGGAGACGAUUCCCGGCUCGCCGGCGCCCGAUGCGGAGCCUGCGCCGCCCCGGCACAAGCACACGCUGCCCUUCGCCUGCGCGCCGCCUCAUCACUCACACUCCAAAGCAGAAGAGCGCGGCAACGCUGGUGGGUCGCGUGAGGUGGGCGCGGGCGUGGGCGUGGGCGCGGGUGUGGGCAUGGCGGGGGGGCUGGGCGCGCUGGGCGGCGUGGGC